AGAGCCCAAAUAUGCAAAUAGAAAGCAUGGAGACAUGGAGUGAAGUCCUGGCUUCCAUGCUUCCCCACCUGAAAUUCCAAACUCUUUUAGACAGAUAAAUAAAGCUCUUUGAUAAUCGAAGAUCUCAGAUCACCCAAACCAGCCGAGAGAGAAUAGUUGAAGAAGAAGAAGAAGAAGGAAAGAUGUUGCCGACGACUUCGAGAGCUCGGUCGUCGUCCUCUGCAUCCCGGACGACCAACCCCCUCUUCAUUCAGUACCUCCGCCGCAUAAUCAAGUGGCAGCAAAUGGAUAUUGAAUAUACAUUUUGGCAAAUGCUUCAUCUAUGCACCUCUCCAAAAGUUGUCUACCAUCACACCAAGUAUCACAAGCAAACUAAGAACCAAUGGGCACGUGAUGAUCCUGCUUUUGUUGUGAUCUGCAGCCUUCUACUUGCAGUUGCAACCCUGGCUUAUUGUGCUGCGUAUGAUCAUAGUGCCGGGCAUGCUGUUUUCGUAGUUAUUUCAGUUUUGCUAUUCCAUUUUUUGUUCAUUGGGAUGCUUCUGGCGACAUUUUGCUGGUUCCUGAGUAAUUCUUACCUUCGAGAAGAGGCUCCAAACAGUCAUGUUGUUGAGCAGCGUGUUGAAUGGCUGUACGCGUUUGAUGUGCACUGCAACUCUUUCUUCCCGAUGUUUGUUAUGCUCUAUGUGCUCCAUUUUUUUCUUUCACCUCUUUUGGUAGCUCAUGGUUUCAUACCUGUAUUGCUAUCAAAUUUGCUAUUCAUGGUGGCCUCUUCAUACUAUCAUUAUCUCAACUUCUUAGGUUAUGAUGUACUGCCAUUCCUGGAAAGGACCACUUUCUUCCUCUACCCCAUCAGUAUUGUCAUAGUCCUCUCUCCUAUCUUGAUUUUGAGUGGCUUCAAUCCUUCAAGAUAUUUCAUGAACAUGUAUUUCAGUCAUUGGUUAUGAGUUAAUGGGGGAACACACAUUUAGAAUAGCACAUAUUGUAAGGUUGAAGUACCAAUGGAGAAACCAUAUCAACUUCAGAUGGCAUCGAUGGAUUCUUCUAUGAUAUUUGCCAGCAGGAGCUCACAACAUGGGAAGAAGCUUCCUGUCGCUUUCUAAACAAUUCAUUGCUGAAUGGAAAUCGGAAUCAAUGAAGAUUGCGCAUCAACUGUAGGAAUUCUGAACAUUGAGAUUGUAUCUAACAUACGAUUUCUCCCCAUGUCAAAUCGGUGCUUUGCAUUUUAUAUAAAUUUUGAAUAAACUACAGCUGACUGCUCUUAGGAGACCAUGUGCUAACUGUACCAAAGGAGUCAAUUAUCUCACCUUGCAUGUUUGGUACUCCUUUUCUUUUUCUUGUCGUUGAACAGCGUAAUUCAUUAUGAUAUGCCACUGGAGAUGGUUGAAACCAAAUUAUGAAGAGCUAGAUACAACUGUAG